CGAUCAGAACCACUGAAGCUUCCGGUGGAACGGCUGUUACGUCACUCCCCCCGUUCCACUGCUCACACGUCACGUGAUGACGUCAGAGCGUCAGCCUGCGGUCCGCGGAGCUUCGGAACCGGAGCAGAACUUUCUUCAGCGGGAUGAUGAGGGUCUCUGUGUUCUGGCUGCUGGUCCUGGUCGGACCCGGUGCUGCGAUGACGUCAUCGAUGCACGGCAGGCUGCGGUCCCCGAACUUCCCUGACCCGUACCCCCGGGACACGCAGCGGUUCUGGAACAUCAGCGUCCCACACGGGUUCCGGGUCCGGCUCCACUUCAGCCACUUCCACCUGGAGCCGUCCCACCUGUGUGAGUACGACUACGUGAAGGUGGAGGCAGACGGGGAGGUUCUGGCUCUGUUCUGUGGGACAGAGGACACAGACACGGAGCUGGUUCCGGCCCAGCGGGUCAUCACGUCCCCCAGAAMCUCCCUGAGCGUUCUGUUUGUGUCUGACUUCUCCAACGAGGAGCGCUACUUGGGCUUCGAGGCUCAUCACAGCGCUGUGGACGUGGACGAGUGCAGCGAUCGGAGCGAUGAGGAGCGACUCUGUGAUCAUUUCUGCCACAACUACAUCGGAGGAUACUACUGCUCCUGUCGCUACGGCUACCUGCUGCACGCCGACAACCACACCUGCACAGUGGAAUGCAGCAGCGAUGUGUUCMGGGAACGCUCUGGAGUCCUGAGCAGUGUGGACUUCCCGGCUCCGUACCCAAAAAGCUCCGACUGUUUGUACCACAUCCAGGUGGAGGAGGGCUUCAGGCUCCGCCUCCAGUUUGACCCUCACUUUGAUGUAGAGGACCACCCCGACGUCAGCUGCCCCUACGACUACGUGAAGAUUGAAGCAGGAAGCAGGGAGUUCGGUCCGUUCUGCGGUGCUCGAUCACCUGGAGUCGUUCAGACUGACAGUAACAUCGUCAACAUCCGUUUCCAUAGCGACAACUCUGGAGAACACCUGGGCUGGAGGCUCACCUACACCUCUGAGGCGGUGGACUGUGGGACCCCCAGGACUGUCCACAUGGCAGAGGUGGUGUUUGGUAACCGUGACAACAGCACGAUGUUUGGAGCGACGUUUAGCUACGUCUGCAGGGAGGACGGCGUCCUGCUGAGCAACAGUUCGUUCAGGUGUGGUCCGACAGGUGAGUGGGUCCAUGCUGAAGGAGGAACUGAAGUACCAAACUGUCUGCCAGCUUGUGGACGUCCGUCCCGGGCUCUGCCUGUUCAGGUGAAGCGGAUUGUGGGGGGGAGGACAGCAGAGCCAGGUCUUUUCCCCUGGCAGGUCCUACUCAGUGUAGAGGAUCUGUCUCGGGUACCUGAGGACCACUGGUUUGGUUCCGGGGCCCUGCUGUCCGAGUCCUGGGUCCUGACAGCAGCCCACAACCUGCGGUCUCAGAGGAGGGACACCAGCGUUGUCCCGGUGUCCCCUGAGCAUGUCAAGGUGUUCCUCGGACUCCACCGAGUCCAGGACAAGCAUCUGUCCCCCAGCCGAUCUGUGGACCAGAUCGUCCUCCAUCCAGACUUCCAGCCCCACAACUACAACAAUGACAUCGCCCUGCUGAAGCUGAGCCCAAGGGCGGAGCUAAACAGGCUGGUUCGACCCGUCUGUUUGCCACCACCUGACCAACAGGACCACCCUCCAUCACUGUUCCCCAACUCUCUGGGUGUGGUUGCUGGAUGGGGGAUCUCCAGCCUGAAUGCGUCCUCCACCUUCUCCUCUGUGACCUCUGACCUGGGGGUGACCCCUGACCUCCUGCAGUACGUGAAGCUGCCGGUGGUCUCUCAGGACGAGUGCCGGUCCAGCUACGCCUCGCGCUCCAACAGCUACAACRUCACYGACAACAUGUUCUGUGCCGGCUUCUUCGAGGGGGGCCGGGACACCUGCCUGGGGGACAGUGGGGGGGCGUUUGUGAUGCAGGUGCAUCACAGGUGGGCGGUGUUUGGGUUGGUGUCCUGGGGGGGUCCAGAGGAGUGUGGGAGUCAGAGGGUGUAUGGCGUCUACACCCGCGUGGACAAAUACACCGAGUGGAUCCAGAACCACGUCCAUGCUGCCCCCUGGUGGUGAGACGGAGGAACAUUUACCUGUAGACAGGUGUGCCAGCACCAGAUUAGAGGCUCCACCCUCUUYCUGAGCAUCUCUGCUACAAUGUAAUACAGUUUGUAAAAGAACAAAAUCAAACCUUCAGAGGCUGAAGUUCAGCUUCCUCAUCAGAGCUGUGAAAUGUUUAUAUUUAUAAAUAUUUUACUUUGUUUACUUUCAGCUCCUGUAAACAGCUGUAAACUGUGCUGCAGGUUAGAUACUGACCGAUCCUGAAGGCUCCACUCACUCCAGAACUGUUUUAUGUAUGAAGCAGUAAAACUUCCUCUUCUUUGAAUAUUUCUGUUAUUUUUCUGAGUACUGCUUUUAUAUUUUUAAACAUUUUAAUCACAAUAAAGGGAAAUAUCYGAGUUUAAAGAGUUUAAAACACACCAAGUUGUGACCCGAUGGUUAUUUUUCAUCACAUGAUGUCGUACUGUUUGUACAAGUACAUAAAKUUUACAGUUAGA